UCCAUCUUUAAUAUCAUUUUAGUUUAUAUUUCAACAUGGUAUCAGAGACAUCCAUUUCAAUUUAGUCUUUCUUUUUCAGAUUUCAGUUUAGUUAUUCAUAACACUAGACUGAUUUCAGUCAGAACAUCUUCCUAGAAUUUUUUCCCAGAACCUCUUCCCAGAACCCCUCUGUUCUCAGAGACUCCAUAAAUUUAUUAGAGCAUUUCAGAAAUCCAGAAACUUCAGAAGUUCAGGCCUAAGCUUUCAGCUCAUUCUUUUACAGUUUUCGAUCAUUAGAGCAUUCAGCUCUAUUGUCAUCACCGAAACUUUCAGACAGUUUCUUUGCCGCCGGAAACCAAACCCCUGAGAUCCGGAGAAGAAAAUUGACGCCCAUACUCCACACGCGCUGCCGGAACUCUUUAUUAUAUUGUCCAUUUAAAAGUGACGUUCACAACUGCCGAUCCAGAUUCACGGUCGACAACUGCGCGUGACGUUCACUCCGCCCAGAUUCACGGUCGACAACUGCCGAGUGCCGACCGGCUGACCUGCAUAUCGCCUAUCUUCUGUUGUCGCUUCUCUUUGGGAUGCUUAGUAUUCGUCACAGCUCUUCAAUAAGCUGACAUCGGAAGAAAAAAGACGAUACUAGGCAAAGCAGCGAAUUUCAGAAAUCUGGGUGCGCAAACUUCUUCCAGACUUACUUGCAGAGGGUUUUUAUCCUCAGCCAGAUCGCACACUCUCUUCUGGUUACUUAUUUCACUCGCUGCAACUCAUGAUUGGCACUUACAUCAGUUGGACAUUAAAAAUGCAUUUUUGCAUGGUGACCUUAAAGAAGAAGUCUAUAUUGAGCAACCUCCGGGAUUUGUUGCUCAGGGGGAGUAUGGUAAGGUUUGUCGACUUCGCAAAUCUCUUUAUGGUCUGAAACAGAGUCCUCGUGCAUGGUUUGGGAAAUUCAGUCAAUCAAUUGAACAAUUUGGAAUGAUAAAAGGCAAAUCAGAUCACUCUGUCUUUUACAAACAAACAGAAUCAGGUGUCACAUUGCUUGUGGUGUAUGUUGAUGAUAUUGUGAUUACAGGAAGUGAUAAUGCAGGUAUUUUGGCCCUUAAGAAUUUUCUGCAUAGUCAAUUCCAGACGAAAGAUCUUGGCUCUUUGAAAUACUUUUUGGGAAUUGAGGUAACACGAAGUAAGAAAGGCAUAUUUCUAUCUCAACGUAAAUAUGUACUUGACUUACUAGCUGAGACCGGGAAAUUAGGGGCAAAACCAAGUACAACACCCAUGGUUCCCAACGUGCAACUCACUCAAGAAGGCACACCGUUUGAAGACCCAGAAAGAUAUAGAAGAUUGGUUGGAAAGCUUAAUUAUCUCGCAGUCACUCGUCCAGAUAUUGCCUAUUCCAUGCUGAUUGGGCCGGUUCUAAAGAUGAUCGAAGAUCUACAUCUGGUUAUUGUGUCUUUGUUGGUGGUAAUCUUGUAUCUUGGAAGAGUAAGAAGCAGAAUGUGGUUUCUCGUUCGAGUGCCGAAUCAGAAUAUCGAGCUAUGGCACAAUCUGCAUGUGAGAUCAUAUGGAUAAGCCAUUUAUUGACCGAGCUCGGACUGAAGACAUCAAUGCCUGCUAAAUUGUGGUGUGAUAACCAAGCUGCUAUACACAUAGCAAACAAUCCUGUAUUUCAUGAGAGAACAAAGCAUAUUGAGGUCGAUUGUCAUUUUAUUCGAGAGAAGAUACAAAAAGGAUUGAUCUCUACAGGAUAUGUGAAGACUGGGGAACAACUUGGAGAUUUGUUCACUAAAGCACUAAAUGGAAUUCGAGUUGGUUAUUUAUGUAACAAGUUGGGCAUGAUAAAUAUCUAUGCUCCAACUUGAGGGGGAGUGUAAAAGUAUAUUAGAAUAUACUUUAGAAUAUGCUUUAGAAUAUAUUAGGAAUAUACCAUAUAUAGUAUUAUUGUAUAGCAUCUUUUAUAGGAAUAUUCUAUCUUUGUAAUCUAUAUUUAUAGGGCCUUACCCUUCAAUGAAAAAAACAGAAAAUCUUUCUCUCCAUCUUUAAUAUCAUUUUAGUUUAUAUUUCAACACUUUAGAACUUCCCAAUUACUUUCUCUCGUUCCAAUUUCCCACAAUUGAAACCAAUUGUACGCCAUUUCCUCCAUAGCUUCUUCUGCGACUCUAACCUUGUAUUUUUCAGCAGUACCAUUGAGUCUGAAGUAUCGUUCCAUACUAAUUAUCCAUCUGUGCAGGUCAUCCCCUUUGAAUACAGGUAAAUCUGGUGAUUCCUCUGGACUUACGCAAUUUCUCAUGUUCCUAAGGUGCGAAGUGGAAUGCGAACUAUGAGAAGAAGUUGGCGACUUAACUUCGACUUCAUCGCGAGUCUUCCGCACUUCAUCUCGAGUCUUCCCCACCUCCUCGCGGUUUCGAUCCUCUUUGCGCAAACCAGAGCGCUUCUCCCUAUGCGCGCGCGAACCAGAUGCGGCUACUUGAUCUGCAUGUUCGCGUUUCUCC